UUAAAUUUGUGUACAUCAAUCCUAAACAUGUUAAUUAUUGUUAGCUAAUAAUAAAAUGGAGAGUAUUACAUUAAUUGUAUGAUUUUAAUAUCGAGAGACCAUUGGCCCAUUUGAGCAGCCAACCAGAGAGAAGAAAGACAGCGACUGAGAAUCACACACACAUCAUGAACCAAACCGAAAGCUCUGCCAACGACAAUAACCCCAAACCGUCCAUAACCGGAGAAACAUCCUCCGUACCAGAGUGGAUAACCGAAACGAUCAACAACGGAUCACUCCGCCACGUCGAUCUCCACACCGGAGUCAACGGCUGGGCAUCACCACCAGGAAACGUCUUCUCUCUCCGCUCCACCAACUACUUCACCACCAAACAAAAAUCCCCCGCCGGAAACUCCCUCCUCUCUCCCGCCGGCGUCGACUGGCUAAAAUCCACAACAAAACUCGACAACAUCCUCUCUCAUCCCGACAACCGCAUAACCCACUCCCUCAAAAACUCACAAUCUCCAAACACCUUCGUCUUCGCCGUGAACUUCCAAGUUUCCGGCAAAGAACACUACAACUUAGUGUUCUACUUCGCCACAGAAAAACCAGUCCCUUUACUCCUCAAACCCUUCCUCAACGGAAACGACGACACGUUCCGUAACCAAAGACUCAAACUAGUGACCCGAAUCGUGAAAGGGCCGUGGAUAGUUAAAGCAGCUGCGGGGCAGUUCGGGGCGUUUAUUCUCGGUAAGACGCUGACGUGUACUUACCAUAGAGGACCGAACUACUUUGAGGUGGAUGUUGAUACAGGUAGCUCGCAGAUAUUCUCGGCGGUUGUGAGGGUUGUGUUGGAGUACGCGAGGAGCGUUACGGUUGACGUUGGAUUUGUUAUCGAGGCGAAGGAGGAGGAUGAGUUGCCGGAGAGAUUGAUCGGUGGUGUUAGGAUUUGUCAUGUGGAGAAGGCGUCGGCGUUUGUGGUGAAACCGGGGAGGAUGAUGGGUUCGGCGGAAGAGGAGGACACGAACUGAAGUUUUAACGAGAAAAGUCAACGUUUUAUCAGAUUUCGAUCUAGACAGAACUGGAAACUGUUUCAUUGGUCUCGACAGGGUUUGACUUUUGUGUACUUUAAUCAAGAUUCUUUUUUUUUAAAUUAAUAUUUUUAAUUUUAUCGACCAUUUGCAUGUGCUCAUGUAGGUUUUGAAAGAAAC